AUGUAUUUAUGCUUUGUUGGGUUAAGGGAAGGUUUCAAUGGAGGAUGUAGACCAGUGAUUGGUUUAGAUGGAGCUCAUAUUAAAGUGGUUCAUCCUGGGAAACUUUUGACAGCAAUUGGAAUAGAUGGAAACAACCAGAUGUAUCCUAUUGCCAUUGCCGUGGUUGAAAUAAAGAAUAAGGAUUCAUGGAGUUGGUUUCUCAAUCUACUUAGAGUUGACUUGAUAAUUGAGAACUCUAAUCACUGGACCUUCAUAACAGACAAGCAAAAAGGCUUGAAGCAAGUUUUGAAGGGAAUAUGGGAUGAAGGGAUACCUGAGGCUGAGCAUCGACAUUGUGCUCGACACUUGGAGAGGAACUUCAUUAAGGUUUUUAGGGAUAAAAUCCUUAAAGACUUAUUAUGGAAGGCUGCUAGAGAAGUGACUGUUAGAAGGUUUGAAGUUGUGAUGAAUGAGAUUAGAAUGGUCAAUGAAGCAGCUUAUGAGUGGUUGAUGGCUGCAGGACCAAAACACUGGGCUAGGUCAUACUUUAGGACUAAUCCUAAGUGUGACAUUUUAUUGAAUAACAUGUGUGAGGGUUUCAAUGGGACACCGACAAUAUUGGCGGCAAGAGGUAGACCCAUUUUGUCUAUGCUAGAGUGUAUCUGGAUGUAUUUGAUGCAAAGGAUCAGCAAAAAUAGACUGUCAGUUGUCAGAAGGGAGUCCAACAUUGCUCCAAAAACUGCCACAAUUCUUGAGAAGAACAAGGUUGAGGCUUCAUCCCACAUACCCACAAAGUCUUCAGAUGACAUUAACCAAGUCCAUAACAUGUAUGGGCGAAUGUACUCAGUUGAUUUGAAAGCAUCGGUAUGUUCGUGCAGAAGAUGGGAAUUGAUCGGCAUUCCUUGUAGUCAUGCGGUGGCUGCGAUUUGGCAAAGAAGGCAAGAUACAGAUCUUUAUGUCAGCAAAUGGUAUACCAAAGAGUACUACAUGAAGGCUUACUCAGUGCAGAUUUUUCCAAUUAGGAAUCAAGAUGAGUGGCCUAUAAGUGGAAAGCUUGGAAUGGUUGGCCCAAUUAACAAAAAACAGCCUGGUAGGCCAAAGAAGAGCAGGACUUUGCAACUUGAUGAAGUAGCUACCGGAAAGAAGUUGAAAAGAAGAUACAUUAGCAUUAGAUGUUCUAGUUGUGGUGCAAAGGGACACAACUUCAGAACAUGUUCAAGAAACAAAAAAAAAUCGGAAAACAAAGCUCCUCCACAAGAUCCUUCUACUGAUGGGAGGAAUAGUGAUCCUUUACCUCACGGUUCUGUGAGCUCUUCUUCACAACAGGCUACUUCAGAAGUCACGAAUCCACCACAGUUAUUCCAAUCUAAAAUCAAUGUUGUUAUAUUUUGUUGGUCUAUGAUACUAAAAUAA